AUGGAACAAUCAAAAAUUGUAGAUACGUUGGACACGUAUCAUCCACCAGGAAGAACUAAGUGUAAUUAUUCUUGUGAGAAUCCUGACCACGGGAUGGGAUGUCAGGGGCAGGCUAAACAUACACUCUUCCUAUCAUCCAAGCCUAAGCAUAGUAGAAGGGUUGGGACAAGGGACAAGAUCGUCCGUGCCCGGAAUCCUCAGGCAAGCAUCUUCGACACAUCCCCACCUCAGGAUAUGCUUAGGAGAUUUCACACUUUCCCUUCUGUUAUGGCACCCAACUCUCCUUGGUCUGCCAUGAAGGCGAGAGUCGAGGUAGAGGACCCAGAUCCAGUCAUCACUGGAUUCAACAACAAUGACCGUAGCUGCGAUGGUAUCAAUCAUGACAAGAACGAGAAGCCUGCCAGUUUAGAGCUCCGCCUAUGGUGGCCAUGCGAGACUAUGCAACAGGAGGGUACACCAGUCAUGGAGGAAGGCAAGCAGGCAACGAUGUCAGUGGGGAACAAGGUGAAGGUGCCAGAGAAUGGGAUGUCCAUCCAUCAACCAGUGAUCGUACCAAGAACCAGAAAGCUCUUUCUUCGAGGAUUGGGUGUCUAUGGGCGUGGAAAAUGGAAGGAAAUAUCCAAGGACUUUGUCACCACCAAGACUCCUGUGCAGGUUUCAAGCCACGCACAGAAGUACUUCAGGAGGAUAAAGAAAGGAGAGCUGGAAAGGCAACGCUACAGCAUCAAUGACCUAGAGCUCAAAAUUGUCAAACCAUGGACAAUUGGAAAUAACUCUAGUGCCUACCAAUCUCUCAUCUUUGAUGAUGCUGAUAACCAGAACCAAAGUUUCGACAUGUAA